UUAUCAUGGCGGCCAAACAAGAGGUGGGAGGCAAGUGCGAGGUGAUCAUGUGAUAGAAGCUCUAUACACCAUCAGCCGAGGAAAUAUUGGAUAUAACUAAAAUGAUGAGCGAGGAAAAGGAUGCCCUUAGUCUUACUGAUGAAGAGGAAGAUGAUGAGUUUGAAGACGACAUAACUUUUCCAUAUGAACUGCAGCAGACACUCAGUAAAUGGACGAAUUACAUCCACGGUUGGCAGGAUCGUUACUUUGUACUCAAAGAUGCCACUCUCAGUUACUAUAAAUCUGAAAAUGAAACGGCCUUUGGGUGUCGUGGUGCUGUCAGCUUGCUCAGGGCAUCAAUUCGGCCCCAUCCAUACGAUGAGUGCCGUUUUGACGUCAGUGUAAAUGACUGUCUCUGGUACCUUCGAGCAGAAAAUGCUGAGGCCAGACAGAAGUGGGUGGAAGCCUUAGAAACACACAGGCAGACAGAAUCUGGCUAUGGCAGCGAGAACAGCCUACGAAGACAUGGCUCCAUGUUAUCCAUUACAUCAGGGACCAGUUUGUCCACACAGUCAACAUCAUCCUUCAAGAGAGGAAGAGGUUUGCGAGAAAAGCUGGCAGAAAUGGAAACGUUCAGGGACAUAUUAUGUCGGCAGGUGGACACCCUUCAGGGCUACUUUGAUGCCUGUGCGGAGGCUAUGAAAGCAGCUGGCUUACAUCAUGUGGAUAGUGAUGACAUCGAUGAUGUGGAUGAUUAUGAUACGCCAAGAGUAAGCUCACCAUCUUCCAAGGAUGCUCCUAACAGUCUGUUUAGUGAGAAGUUGUCCAAAGGAGAAGAUUUUGUUGGAAUUUUUUCCCAACACGGAGCACAUGCUAUAGACUUCAAGGGAGAAGCCUUCACAUUCAAGGCUACAACAGCAGGCAUAGUGGCCACGCUCAACCACUGUAUAGAACUCAUGUCACAGAGGGAAGACGCCUGGAGGAAAAGAUCAGAGAGAGAGACUGAAAAAAGGAAAAAGAUAGAAGAAGCCUACAAAGCUUUGUUACAAGAUAGCAAGAAACCACCCAUUGUCAUAGGCGGACCUGAUUAUGAGGAGGGACCACAUUGUGCAAUUAAUGAAGAUGAAUUUUUCGAUGCAGUCGAUGCAUCACUAGAUAAACUAGAUAAAGAAGUGGAGAAUAAAUUGAGCAUACAGAAAAUAAAGCCUCCAAAGGCCCCUAAAACUUCCCUUAGUCCCAAGCAUAAGUAUUAUAAAGAAAUAAAUGAAGUAAUAGCAGAACACAUUAAGUAUGCAGCCAAGUUAGACAUAGACAACACAUGGGAGCUGAUACAUGACGAGGGGGAGAUGAAAGUGUUUAAGAGAGAAAUGGAGGAAGACGGCAUGGUGGUUGACCCCCUCAAAGCUGUACAUACAGUCAAGGGUAUCACAGGACAUGAAGUGUGCCAUUACUUCUGGAAUCCAGAUGUCAGAAUGGAGUGGGAAGGUACACUAGAAAGUGCUCAAGUAUUGGACUGGUUCUCAGAGGACACCUGUGUGUGUUAUCAGAUCCACAAGAAGGUGUGGCCCACCACCCAGAGAGAGGCCCUGUUCUGGACACAGAUCAGGCAUGUGCCUAAUGAAGAUGAAGACGAGGAUGGCCCAGAUUACUGGAUUGUGUGCAAUUACUCUAUACCUGAUCAUGACAAGUGCCCUGCAUCAAAAAAUGUGCGCAUCAACAUGAAUGUGGCAAUGGUGUGCGAGACGUCUAUGGAGCCUCCUAGCAGCCAUGAUGGGGAAAUCACAAGAGACCAUAUAACCUGUCGCAUUACCUAUGCAGCUAAUGUCAACCCUGGAGGCUGGGCCCCGGCCUCAGUAUUACGGGCUGUGUACAAACGGGAAUAUCCCAAGUUCCUGAAGAGGUUUACACAGUACGUGAUGGACCAAACCAAAGACAAACCAAUCAUGUUUUAAUCUUAACCAGUCCACCAACGUUGAAGAAAUGGAGGCCUGCUGUCUGAUAAGUUGAGGAAAAAACUUAGGGAUUCAUGGAAUAGAAUUAUCAAAGGGAAAUUUCAAUACUUCAGAACUGGAGAUUGGAGAUGGAGCAGGGAUUCCCUGCUGUGAAAAGAUUUUAUUCUGAUUAUGUCACAGCCUUGACUUAGUUUAAAAUGCCUGGAAACUUCAAUAAUUUUUAAUGGCCAGAUUGCCGGAUGGCAGAGGGGAAAAAGAGGAAGGACUUUCAUCAUUGCUUUUCUAGAAUAAAUGCAGGGAUUUAAGUUGCUUUAACAGGGAAAAGCUGGAAACUGAAAGUGAGAUUUCACUUAAUGUCCGAAAAAAGACCUGGUAUUGAACUGGGAAAUGAAAAUUGAAUUUUGCUACAGUUAGUUACUUUAGAGAGUAUAUAUUUUGGUGAGCAACUAAAAAUAUU